AUGAGAAUGUUCUCCGAAAUUCGUUCGUUCCAGGAGCUGUCAGCAUUGACUUUCAGCAUUCCGACCCCUUCCGGCGGUGCCGCUAAAUCUCACUUUGGACCUCACUCAUGGUACCGCCCAUGGGCUGGAUCGCAAGGCGAUGGUUACAUUGCCUAUGACAACCAGCUCUACUGGGAUCAUGGGUUCGACUACUCCAACAGCAUGUACAGCGAUCCCACCGCCCAUCAGGACAUUGCGCCCAACAGGGAUGUGCGCGGCUUCGUCGGCACUGAUCAAUAUCCAUACAACGGGAUGUACUAA